UAUAAAUCAGAUUUAUCAGUUCCGUUUCAAAUUUAUUUGAUUUAGUGAUAUUUGAAUUUUUUUUAAUUAAUUUUUAGUUGGAUAAAAUCGGGUUUGAUCCAAUCUAAUUGGGUGGUUUCUCAAAACGGGUGGAUAUAAAUUUGGUUGGGUAGGUAAUACUUCUAAUUUUUAAAGGACAAACUUGUAAAACAUCAGCUUUCCGAAUUAAAAAAAAUAGAAAUGAAAAUCAAUUUUAAUAAGAGGACAUUUGGGAACUUGAUUUGAGACGGAAGGGCAGUCGAGCAAUUGAUUCUAUUGAUUUAGCCAAUUAGAUAAGGUAGUUGCUCAAAAAAGAAUAUUUCCCAAGUGUUGUUUGUGUUAGGAUUAUAAUGGGUUUUAUGGUGAAUACGCAGAAGGAAGGAGAUGGUGGUGAACAUUCAUGGGGUUGCUUAAGAAAUUUCGUGCGAAGGAAACAAGUCGAAUCUUCAAAUGGCAAAGCCGAGACUCAACUCGCCAAAGCCUUGACCUUUUCUCACUUGAUUGCAGUUGGUGUUGGAUCAACAAUUGGAGCAGGGGUUUACAUUCUUGUGGGAACAGUUGCGAGAGAGCAUUCAGGACCCUCUCUCGCCUUAUCUUUCCUUAUAGCUGGAGUUUCCGCCGCACUUUCCGCGUUUUGCUAUGCUGAACUCUCUAGUCGUUUUCCUUCAGCUGGAAGUGCCUAUCACUAUUCUUACAUUUGCAUUGGUGAAGGUGUUGCGUGGUUGAUUGGCUGGGCACUGAUUCUGGAAUACACAAUUGGUGGUUCAACGGUUGCUCGUGGAAUAUCUCCAAAUCUGGCAUUGAUAUUUGGUGGUGAAGAUUGCCUGCCUACAAUAUUAGCUCGUCAUCAAAUCCCAGGCCUAGAUAUUGUUGUUGACCCAUGUGCUGCUGUACUAGUCUUCAUUGUAACAGGACUCUUGUGCAUUGGAGUGAAGGAGAGCACAUUUGCCCAGGGGAUUGUGACAACAAUAAACGUCUUUGUCAUGAUAUUCGUCAUAAUAGCUGGUACUUACCUGUGUUUCAAGACAGGUUGGACUGGUUAUGAACUUCCAUCAGGGUAUUUUCCUUUCGGUGUUGAUGGAAUGCUUGCUGGAUCUGCUACUGUCUUCUUUGCCUACAUUGGGUUUGAUUCAGUUGCAAGUAUGGCAGAGGAGGUGAAGAAUCCACAGCGAGAUUUACCGCUUGGAAUUGGUCUUUCCCUCCUGCUUUGUUGUUUGCUGUACAUGAUGGUGUCUGUUGUUAUUGUUGGUUUAGUGCCUUAUUAUGCUAUGGACCCUGACACACCAAUAUCCUCUGCGUUUGCUACUCAUGGAGUUCAAUGGGCUGCAUAUAUAAUAACUCUAGGUGCUGUCAUGGCUCUCUGUUCUGCUUUAAUGGGCUCUAUUCUCCCUCAGCCGAGGAUUCUGAUGGCAAUGGCUAGGGAUGGUCUGUUGCCUUCAUUUUUCUCAGACGUGAAUCAACGCACGCAGGUUCCUGUUAAAGGGACCAUAGCAACUGGUUUUUGUGCAGCAAUCUUAGCUUUCUUUAUGGAUGUUUCACAACUAGCCGGAAUGGUGAGUGUUGGGACACUUGUUGCGUUUACAAUGGUUGCAGUAUCAGUGUUGAUUCUCAGAUAUGUUCCUCCAGAUGAGGUACCUUUUCCUUCAUCUCUUCGAGGGAGGAUUUGUUCUGUUCCCUUUAUAUGUGGUGAUGAAAACUCAUCCAGUCAUGUCGGCACUUCCAUUAGUCGCAAACAACCUUUACUUUGCGAACCUGAUGAUUCAAGUGAGGAGAAGCAAGAAGCUCAAGGAGGGGUUCUCGAUAACGAAAACAGGAGGAAAUUAGCUGGUUGGAGCAUUAUGUUCACUUAUAUUGGGAACUUCCUUUUAAGCUAUGCAGCGUCAAGCUUGCGCUUUACAGGACUCCUCCGAUAUUCUCUAUGUGGUGUUGGUGGAUUGCUCCUUCUUGUCGGUUUGAUUGUUCUGAGUUGCAUAGAUCAAGAUGAUGCUAGACACAGCUUUGGUCAUUCAGGAGGUUUCAUUUGCCCGUUUGUUCCGCUUCUACCUAUUCUCUGCAUUCUUAUAAACAUGUAUCUCUUGGUAAACCUUGGAGCUGCGACAUGGGCUCGUGUAUCGGUGUGGCUGUUCAUCGGAGUGCUUGUUUACUUGUUCUACGGGCGAAGACACAGCUCGCUAGUGGAUGCAGUUUACGUUCCCACUGCUAAUGUUGAUGAGAUUCGUCGCGCUUCUGGACAUUCUUUGGCUUAAAACUGUACAUGAAACCAUCAUGGAUUUUCCAUUGUAAAAACAUGCAACAAAAUCUGUAGAAGUUAUAUAUUAUUUGAGACUGGUGUGUAUAGUCCAUGUUGUAAUUAAAAUUUCAAUGUCAUUGUUCUGCUUAGAGCCGCUGUAUGUGGAAAUUGAGCGACUUUUAAUGCAUAUUCAUGAGAAACCAACGACGUACCUACACAUGGUAGUAUCACUGGUAAUAGCUAAAUAUGGUG